CGACCAAGUGAACAUCGCGCAUAUGUUGCGUCCUUCCCGUGGACCGUCUUUACAAAAGGCCCGUUUAGUCUUCCUCCUGCCAGAAAAACGACACUAUGGUGGGGCUCUCGCUGUCACGGUGUGACUGUCACACGGUUUUGACCUGCCCUUCAAACCCUGGGACGGUAUUCCCGGUAAAGAUCAAUACAUGCAAAGACUGCCGUACUAGAGACUGCUUCCUGCUCACCUCUGAGUUUUCUCAUGUCCAUACACAAUGCGGACUAAACCACUUCUCUUUACAGCUUUGGCUGCCAUCUUCCGCGGCGUUGCAGCUGCUAGCGAGCCCAGUAGCACUGCCUGGUGUUUCAUAGGGUGUCAACUUGCCGUCGCCGGCAUCACUUUCGGCGGGAGCCCUUCUUUGCUGGUAGAAGGCUACUAUGCGUAUAAUUGUCAGAAUGAGCUCCUCGUUCACUCCACGUAUGCUUGUACCAAGAAGUACUGCCAUGAUGAGAAACAAUGGGAGGCUGGCUUAAAUUAUAUGGAGAAAACCUGCGAGGAGCAAAGUUUUACUCUUCUCGAUGGAAACGUCGACGCAAUUGCGAAUGUUGAUUUGGCCAAAGUCGUCGUUGUUGAGACCGGUGAUCUCACUCAAUACAACUCGACUGCCAUUGCAUCCGAUGAUACGUUUACUAUAGCUUACAGGACAAUCGAUGAGUGGUAUUCUCAGCGUCAAUAUCAUCAAUGGUAUAGCAAAGCGAUGUACAUUUUCUGGGGCAUCGUGCUUGCCCUGGGCGUCGGUGCAAACUUUGCAAGCUGGAUAACUUCUCGGAAGGUCUCCUUGCCGAAUGUCCCGGAAGACAGUAGUGUUCCUCGUAAGGGUCCUGCAAACAAGAUCUGGACAGCAAUACGGACCCAUAUCCUGCUACCUGCAACCUUCUCGAAGUCCUGCAGCCAAUCCAAGCUCGGAGCCACACUUCCACCGCGUGCGGAGACUCUCAUCAUUCUCUCAUUCAUCAUAAUCAACGUUGUCUUGUGUGCCGUGUCCUACACUGCAUUCCCUGGCAAUGCAUACUAUGCACAGACAAACUUGCAAACAUGGAGAUACUUCGCCGACCGCACUGGUUACCUCUCGUAUGCAAAUUUGUCCAUCUUCUUCGCAUUUGGUAUUCGCAACAACAUUCUCAUCUGGCUGACUGGUUGGGAGUAUCCGGUGUUCAAUCGCUUUCACCGAUGGGUCGCCCGCGUGUCUACUCUGGAAGCUGUAUUGCACUCGAUAGGCUAUACUGCCUUUUCAUUCACGUUUGGUGGAUAUGCUGACUACUCAGCAUCCUUCAAGCAGGAGUACUGGUACACUGGUGUCAUUGCCACUACCGCCAUGAGCUUGGUGCUUGUGUUUUCGAUCAUGUUUCUUCGCAUACGCUGGUACGACUUUUUCCUGGUCCUACACAUCGUGCUGUCAAUCGUUACUCUGGUCAAUCUGUUUUACCACACGAAAAUCUUCAAUGGCGAAUACAAUGGCUUUCUGUGGCCAUGUGUAGCAUUCUGGGCCUUUGAUCGCGCUGUCCGCAUUGCCAGAGUUUGCUUCCACUGGGCCUUUGCGGCUACACUCAAGGCGCCUCUGGAAUAUGACACCGAAGGCAACAUCCUCCGCAUCGAUGUCACUAAUGUCUUCUCACGUAUCGCACCUCAAGGCGGUGCUUACUAUUUCCUAUACUCCCCUUUCACACUCUUCGGCUGGGAAAACCACCCCUUUACCCUUGUCCGCUGGCAAGAAUCAAGCUCCCCAUCACUUCCUGGUAGCCCCGUCAUCGACAACGAGAAAACUCCUGACGAGAAGGUCCCUCAAAACACCACCAUAGCGCCAAUCUCCUCCACCCCCUCGACCCGCUACACAUUCCUCAUCCGCCCGUACAAAGGCUACACCUCCAAGCUCGCCCACAAGAUGUCCAAAACUACCAACAAGACCUUCCUCUAUGAAGGCCCCUACGGCCACACUCCCGACCUGAGUACAUACACUGAUAUCCUCCUCCUCAUUGGCGGCAGCGGUAUCUCGGUGGGUAUAUCCGCCAUCUACACCGCCCUCGCCACAAACCCGACCGCCCGCAUCUCCCUAGUCUGGGCAUCCCGCAAAGCCGCACUCAUCGACAGCGUACUCGCGCGUGAACUUAAGUGUGCUGUGGAAACGGGCCGUGUGCACGUCAACGCGCACAUUACCCGCUCGUCCGAUGCGCACAUCAGGGCGGAGAACUUGACGGAGAAAAUCGAGACUGUCAGGCCCAGCGUGAAGGAGAGGAUUGGCGAGGCAGAGAGGGAAAGUGCGGGGAGGCUGGCGGUCGUGGCGUGUGGGCCGGCGGGUAUGAUGGAUGAUGCGCGGAAGGCGUUUGUGGAGGUUCUGCCUGUGGCUAGGGGGCAGAUGGAGUUGUUCAAUGAGGCGUUUUUCUGGUGAUUGUGCUGGAUGAUUGCGGUAGAGCAUACUAAAGGGGGGAUAAAUGAUAAUGUGUGGGACGACAUCUUGUACGAAUUUGCUUAUGGUGCCGAGCCUCGGUGCUAUGUGAUAAGACAGACCUUACUACUCUCUUGCCUGGUU